AUGAUUAUUACUAGGAAUGAUAAGCAGGAAAUUUCUCAACUACAACAAUGUUUGGCAAAGGAGUUUGAAAUGAAAAAUCUUGGUGGACUCAAGUACUUCUUGGGCAUUGAAGUUGCUCGAUCAAAGCAAGGCAUAUUCCUCUCACAAAGGAAGUAUGUUCUAGAUUUAUUGGCAGAAACUGGAAUGUUAGAUUGCAAACCUGUGGACACUCCAAUCGUUCAGAAUCACCGCCUUGGGGAAUAUCCCAAUCAAGUACCCACUAACAAAGAAAGAUAUCAAAGAUUGGUGGGACGACUGAUCUACCUAUCCCAUACCCGACCCGACAUCGCGUAUGCU